GGAUGCUCGAGAGGCGGGCCCAUUCGCCAACCACUGCCGCACAAAGGCGACUAACUUUUCUCUCAAUCCAGUCAGUGAGAAUCGUCGGUUCGUCUGUCUCCAGUCUUCUUUCCCCACACGCCCUCUUCCUCCUACUCAUCACGGACCAGUGCAGUUGAUGCCCCAGAAUGGCGGAAGGGAAUGAGGAGAGAGUGUACCGAGGGAGCAGCCCGGCGAGCAAGAAGACUUGCCGGCGGGUGUCGCGAGACAGGGACAGGGAUUUCUACUGCCGAUUCUGUCAGCGCAGAUUCGGAAAGGCCUACAAUCUGAUGAUCCACGAGAGAUCCCACAAGGAGAGCUCCCCCGGCUCCUCCGCCGCUUAUCACUGCGAUGUCUGCGACAAGUCCUUCAAGAGGCACGACACCCUCAAGGAACACAAUUUCAUCUACCGGGCAUUCCACCAGAGCAUGUCAAACGACCGGGAUUCGAGCCCGUAAGGGAUGACCAAGUGAAGGGAGUCGUGGCUGAAGAAUAUUUUUUUCGUUUCUUCAGCUCAUGUGAUACUUGCAUCCGUUUUUCCAAACUAAUUUCCAACGACGGUGAUAGAAGAUUUGGAGGAAGAUUCCCCGUGUAUGGUGUGCGUGAUCGAGCGAAUGAACCUUUCUCACGCCUUCCGUCCUCCUGCCUCCAUCAAUACCAGAGCAGUAUUACGGUGUACGAUAAGCACAAACGAUACCUCCCCCUUCGCCUCUCGGGUCUGCACGCACGUUUCGAUCCCGUUUCGCUUUUUCUUCGUGCCUCUCUCGCUUGAGUGAUGCUGAGUUUGUUUCCCAAUAAAGGUGCCUAUUUACG